CAAAGUUCGCGCCAUAUUCAAUAAGUAUAUUGCGAUAACAAAAUGGCAGUCUACGUAGACAGAACAAGUUUGGAGAUAGAUAACGAAGAGGACCCUUCACGAAUUUGUUCUAUUCCUUGUAAAAUUGGACAUGAUGGCGAAGCUAACGUUGACAAAUAUUUCUAUUCAACGAUUUCGAAGACAGAUGCUGAUAUGAGUUCAUCUUUUCGAGGCAGAGGAUUGAAUGGCAAGCACUUAGACCUACCAGACGGUUAUACAGGAAUUGUUCUCAAGGAAGAUAAGAAACCGUUUCUUGAAGAGGAGGAUCGCCAUUUUAAAGUCACACACAAGUUCAACAAGUUUACAUACUGGAAUUGGGAUUGUUUGCCCUCAUCCAAUGAUGCAAUGAUUAAAUCCAUGCUAUGGCCCACAAUUGCCAAAGCGAUUCAUUCUCCAAUCAGCACAGAAAGCAGUCAACACAGUAGUACAAAUGGCAGCAGAUGAAGUUUACAUUAAUCAGCCUACCAUCUUAUAGUCUCAAAAUAAAACACAGAAGCAUGUGAUUUUCAAUAUAUAUAUAUAUAUAUAUUUAAUGUUAACACAUUUCGAGCAGCAUUAAGCUACAUAGGGGCAGUAUGCUACAUUAAUUUACCCAUCUACUGGAUCAAGACAUCAGUUUGAUGGGUUUCUUCAAUAGGGGACUGCAGGCUAAUAAGCCUUAUUUUCAAAAAAGAUCUCACAGGAAAAUAUUGCCUGCUGCAAAUUGUUUUAUUGCAAACCACACACUUUGAUAUUUCUGUACAGUAUAUCAUUAAAGCAUCAUUUAAUACU